AUGGAAAGAAGUACAAAGAAGGAGAGGAGUUUACCAUCGGAAAUUUGCGUUAUAAAUGUCAAAAGAUGCCUUACGGAUCACAAGAAGAACUUAAAAAUUGGAGACGUGGUUGUCCUAAAUAAUAUCAAAUCACAGUGCUUAGCCGUGGGACCCUCAGUCUUCUACAGAGAAACGGUAUGCGGUAUUUUGGGUCAGCCUGAAUGUGACGAGAUAGGCCCUCCAAAGGGGUACGAAGAGGCUUGUAAAAAGGCGAAAGAAAAUCCACAAAAUGCCAAAGAGCUUCCAAUGGUCGGACUACCGCAAGGCUGGAAAGUCGUCGAUUUAACCACUCAGAAUAUUCCUGGAACAAAUAAACGCGUACUGUCUCAAACACUCAUGUUUAACCCCAUCGCCAAACCAAGGUAUACCUAUUUGUUAUCUACUUAUGCAUUAUAAAU